GUUGGCAGGCGUGCGGGAAAGCUGUUAAAGUGGGAGCUUUCGAAAAAGUCCGGUGACCGUUAUAAACGAGCUUUUCAGUGGACUGUUGUGUUGUGUGUUGCGAGCGUGAAUUUCCCUCUAAACAGUUAAACGAAGAACGGCCCCAAGAUGCGACCGGACAACAAGAGCGACUCGUUCACGUUCCACAGGAAUUCCGCGCUGACGAGUUCGUCGAAUUCCACGGACGGACGUAUCCAAAAUUGCAGGAAAAAGCUGCAAGAUCGCUUCGAAAAAGAGGAAACGAGUUCUUGUAGCGACGAACGUGGAGACAGGAGUGUGCUUUCGGUGUUAUCUUUGAACGAUACGAGAAGGGCUUUGAGGACCGGCGCCGAUAAACUCUCGAGGACGUUCAGCAGUGUGAGGACGAGCUUCGGGACAUUCUCUCAGAAAUUCAAGAUCUCGACGAAGAGGCGGCAGAUCUUGGAGGAGGGUCCCAUGACGCCGAAUUGCGAUACGCCGUUCUCGAAGUCGGUCCUCGGUAGGACUCCCACCAAACUUUAUAGCCCAUUCGGAAUCGAGAGUCCAGCUGCAAACACCAAGGACAAGGAGAACAUCACGCCCACGGUCACUCCGAAAGCCCAAAUCAAAACCAUCACAUCCUGGCAAAGGAAACGAAACUUACUCGACGACAUAUUCAAUUGACUGAGGAUGAUUUCGUCGCAUUUAUAUACAUAAUAAUUAUAUGUUAAAUACUAAAACUACGAUUAAUUGUUUUCGGACUGUCGUAAGUCCGUCGAUGGCAGCAGUAUUCUAUGUACUUCUUUUUUUCUUCUAUGUUUUAUACACGAAAAAAAAAAU